AUGGCCGGACACUACAGUCCUGCGUUCCGCGUGAAGCAGAACGGUCUUGCCAACACCUUCCAGAACGGAAUAGGCGAUAACUUGCCUGUCGUCACCAGAACCUUCCAAGGUCCCAGUGUCUCAGGCUUCAUGAGGCCAGUGCGCUUCGAGGGCGAAAUCAACAACCUGGAAGUCAUUGGAGAGAUCCCUAAGGAGAUCGAUGGCACCUUUUAUCGGGUGAUGCCUGAGCCGCAAUUCCCCGCCUUCAUCCCGAACGACCCGUGGUUCAACGGAGACGGCAACGUCAGCGCCUUCAGGGUCAAGGACGGUCAUAUCGACUUCAAGCAGCGAUAUGUGAAGACGGAAAAGUUUGUCCGGGAAGCCAAAGCACGGAGAGCGCUGUUGGGCAAGUAUCGGAACAAGUACACCGACGCCGUCGCGUUCAUAGUUCGCUCUACCGCGAAUACGAACGUUGUCUACUGGAACGGAAAGCUGCUCGCGCUAAAGGAGGACUCCCCUCCGUACGCGCUCGAUCCCGACACACUGGAGACGCUCGGGCUGUACGAUUUCGAUGGCCAGCUUCCCAGCCUGACCUUCACAGCUCAUCCCAAAUUCGACCCGGAGACGCGAGAAAUGAUCUGCUUCGGGUAUGAGGCGAAGGGAGAGGGGACACUGGACGUUUGCUACUAUACAUUCGAUGCCCAUGAGAGACUGACUGAGUUAACCUGGAUGAUUGCUCCUGUCUGCGGCAUGAUCCACGACUUCGGCGUUAUCUUCCCAAUGAUCCCGCAGAAUUGCGACGUGGAGAGGAUGAAAGCUGGAGGGGAGCACUGGCAGUGGAACAACGACAUUCCAGUGUAUAUCGGCGUCUUGCCGAGACAUGGUGCCAAAGGCAGCGACGUCAAGUGGUUCGAAGCACCACAUGGGUUCGCAGGCCACGUUGCCAACGCGUACGAGAACGAAGCCGGGCAUAUUGUCUUGGAGAUGGCGUAUUCCAAGGACAACGUCUUCUUCUGGUGGCCGGAUAAGGACGGCAAAAGCCCACAGCCGGGGCAGGCCCAGUGUGACCUGGUGAAGUGGAUCAUAGACUACAGCAGCAGCAAGUUAGUCUUGUCCGAACCUGAGAUGCUCAUCAACGACGACAUGGAGUUUCCCCGCGUCGACGAACGAAUCGCGUUUGAGAAGCACUCGCACACCUUCUUCUGCGUCAUGGACCAUAAGGCCGGCACGGACAUGGCCUUCAUCGGGCCGGUCCUGGGAGGCGGGCAUCCUCUAUUCAACGGUCUCGGCCACUACAACGCUAAGACGAACAAGUACACCAACUUCUUCGCGGGGCCGCGGAAGCUGACGCAGGAAGGCGUGUUCAUCCCGCGCUGUGCGACGGCGGAGGAGGGCGACGGUUACUUCAUGGCGCUGGUCAACGAUUACGAGAGCAUGAACAGCGAGCUGGUGAUACUAGACACGCGCAACUUCUCACAGCCGGUUGCGCUCGUCAAGCUACCAGUCCGACUGCGCCAGGGCUUGCAUGGGAACUGGGUGGGCGCGGCUGACGCCGACGGCCAUCCGUCAAAGAUGUAG